UUACUCGUUAAUUCAGUCACUUCCGCAGUUUUAUCUGGUUUCGAUCUUUAAAUUCAUCAAGUACGCUUUCAUAUCAGCGUUUGUCUCUGUUGAAGCUGAACUCGACCGAGAGACCUUGACAGAACCGCGAAUGAAGUAUGUGUGUAUAGAUUCACACGCGAAUCGAUUAAAGCAGAGCCAUGGCUGUACUGAGAAGAGUUUUCGGAAAUUUUCUUAAAAUUGCUUGUCUUCUUUUAUUGCUGGCUGGGAUUACAGGUCUGUUUGGUUCAUUCUUGCUGCACAAAUACAGAGUUUACGGCCUGUUCUUUAGCAGUUUUUAUAUAAUUCUCCCUGCACUGCUGGCUGUUGUCGGAGGAGUCAUUCUCCUUAUCAGCGGAUGCUUUGGCUGUCUGGUGUCCAACAAAAAACCUUCAUGUCCACACGGAUUGUUUGUGUAUAUUCUCAUUAUCGUGUUCUGCGUUGUGGGUACUACUGCUGCAUUGGCAUACACUCAUAAAAGGAAGCUUGAUGUGGACUUGGCUCCUCUUAAAGAUGUGUUUCAGAACUACAGUGGUAAUAGCCAAGAUCCUGAUACCAAAGCAGUGGAUGCCCUUCAGCGUGAGCUGCGGUGUUGUGGUGUUACCAACUACACGGACUGGUUGGAAACACCCUGGUUUAAUCACAGUAGUAAAGACCAAGUUCCUCUGAGCUGCUGCAACAAAACCUUUCACUACUGCAAUGGGACUUUAGACUUCCCCGUGCUUAUCAAUAAUGAGGGCUGUCAAAUUAAACUUGAGAAGAAGUUAAUACUUGUGGUGGACAGCAUUAUGAUAACUUCUUUAGUGGUUUUCUUUGUACUGGUACUGUCUUGGAUUGCAGUGGCACAGCUAAUGAAACAUCAACCCCCGCAAGAGUAUCAAAUCCUGGACAAAGAAUAAAAGCCACUAAUGGAAUUUAUAUCUUUGUGACUUUUCUGAGUGACUUUUUAUAUAUAAUUUUUUUUUUUUAUAUACACUACCAGUCAAAAGUUUUUGAAAGGUAAGAUUUUUUAAUCUUUUAAAAGAAGUCUUUUCUGCUCAUCCAAAAUACAGCAAAAACAAUAAUAUUGUGAAAUAUUUUUACAAUUUAAAAUUAUUUGAAUAUAUAUUAAAAUGCAAUUUAUUUCUUUGUUGGCAAAGCUGAAUUUUCAGCAUCAUUACUCCAGUCUUCAAUGUCACAUGAUUCUUCAGAAAUCAUUCUGAUAUGCUGAUUUACUGCUCAAGAAACAUUUAUUAUUAUUAUCAAUGUUGAAAACAGUUGUGUACAAUUUUUUUUUUUUUCAAGAUUAUUUGAUUAAUAGAAAGCUCAAAAGAACAGCAUUUAUAUGAAAUAUAAAGCUUUUGUAACAUUAUACCCUACUGUUUUGUUAAGAAAUUAAUACUUUUAUUCACCAUUAAAUUGAUCAAAUGUGACAGCAUAGACUGUUUAUAAUGUUGAAAAAGCUUUUUAUUUCAUAUAAAUGCGGUUCUUUUGAACUUCUAUUCAUCAAAUAAUCCUGAAAAAAAAUUGUUUUCAACAUUGAUAAUAAUAAUAAAUGUUUCUUGAGCAGCAAAUCAGCAUUUUAGAUUGAUUUCUGAAGGAUUAUGUGACACUGAAGACUGGAGUAAUGAUGCUGAAAAUUCAACACAGAAAUAAAUUGCAUUUUAAAAUAUAUUCAAAUAGAAAAUUGUAAAAAAUAUUUCACAAUAUUACUGUUUUUGCUGUAUUUUGGAUCAAAUAAAUGAAGCCUUUGUGAGCAGAAGAGACUUCAAAAAAAAUCUUAUCGUUCAAAAAACGUUUGACCGGUAGUGUAUAUUUCAUUGUUAUUAUGAAUUAUUCUGAUAUCAUUCAAUUCACGUUUUUCUAAAUUUCUACUUUACACUAAAUUAUGUUUCUUCACAAUACCUGUUCUAGGAAUAUUUUACAUGUACGCACAGCAAGGGCGUUUUAUUUUGCACAAUAAAUCUGAUAAAAUCGAAUAAAA